GAGAAACAUAAUAAGGAAUUCCGGUUACAAAGUUUAUUCACAACACAGCAAGCAUAAGAGCUGCAUCGGCCUGUUUGAAAAUGGUUGUUUCAAAUUUCAAAAUGCGCGAAUCACAGGUUGUAAGCUCCCAGAGAAUCCAGGCAGUUAACACCAAUGCAGAGAGCAGCUUGGAGAGGUUCAAGGCCUAUGCAGUCUUCCAGGAGAUAAAAAAGAAGCUGGAGGAGGAUGGGGAGUCAUUUGUGAAGAAGAUUGGGGGGGUGUUUGCCUUCAAGGUAAAGGAUGGUCCAGAUGGUGAAGAGGCGACCUGGAUAGUGGACGUGAAGAAUGGCAAGGGUUGCGUUCACAAUGACACAGCAAAGAAAGCGGACUGCACCAUUGCCAUGUUGGAUGCAGACCUGCUGUCCUUGAUGACAGGGAAAAUGAACCCACAGACAGCGUUCUUCCAGGGCAAGCUGAAGAUCACAGGGAAUAUGGGAAUGGCCAUGAAGCUCCAGAGUUUGCAGUUGCAGCCAGGCAAAGCCAAGCUGUGAGCUCAACAGCAGCCACCCCCAUCCAACUCUAGUAGUUUGAAGAGAGGAAGGAUGAGGAUGUGAGGAGAGAAUGAUGAGAUGGAAUAAUGGAUGAAGAGAAAGACUUUUCUCCCUUUCGCUCUCUCUGACCCCUCUGUCUUUUUCUAAUAUAUUAAUGACCAGAACACACUAGACUCAAAAUAUAUACUAUAAGGGUGCACACUAAUCUCACUCUCCCAACUGUGUAGUUAGGGGGCUAAGCCUACAAAUCUGGGUGAAACCCUAUUGUAUUUGAUGCCGUUUAUUAUUAUUCGGGUUCUUCCAUAAAUUGUGUGGGGAAAAAAUCUAAUUCACGUCAGUUGGCCCAGGAGGGUGGAUCUUUGCAAGAUGGUAAAAGGCCAAGGGCCAUGCCAAUUGGCCACAUGGUGGCACUAUAGCAAGCGAUUGAAAAUGCUAACUUUGAAAGGUCACAACCCUCACCCCGUGUGACCUAGAGUCCUAAAAUUUGCUACAUAGGAACCUCUCCUCACAAGGAACAGAUUUGCCUCCAGGACCCUGAAAGUCCUCUAUGAUAGAUUUUCUGCCAUUUUAGAAUUUUGUUUUCAAAAAUAAUAAUAAUAAUAUUACUCCUCUGGCACCAAAUGACACAUCUGUACAACACUUGAUACAUGGCAUCUAUGGACCAAGCUCUCACAUGUUUUUCCAGGACAGCAUGUCAAACAACAUGGCUGCUACUGAUAAAUAAACAUUCAUGUGGGUGUGUUCUGGCACAUGAAUGCAUAUAAAUCCGAAACCGAUAUUCGUAUUGUAACAACUUGGUACACAUGUUCCAAACACUGUCAAGACUCAACAUCUAUGCACAUUCAGAUCGACCAAACAAUGGCGCUAUAACGGGCACAUGUUUAUCUCUCUUGAUCCUUUUUAACUCAGACCGAUGAGUCUAGCGAGCUAAGCUAUAAAGUGUGAUUCAGUUUGGCCACAUGGUGGCAUUGUUGGACAGAAUCAUUCAUGCAAGCUCAUUGACUCAAUAGAACCCAUAUUGUUUGAGAAAGUUUCUUGGAAAAUAUUACAUUAAAAGCCUAUUGCGUGAUCUGUUUGAUUUUGAGCUCUGAUAAUUGGCAAGCUUGGUAAAGGAGUACAGAAGUAGCUCGUCCUAGGGCAGUUUAUCCAAUUUGUCCUGAUGGUGGAAAAGUGGGCCCACAGCUUGAUCCCCGGCAUUGCAUCUUCCAGUUAUAUUUUUAUAUUAAUUCAGUUUGAUUUAUUAUGACUCAGAGAAGAUCUGUUUGCAUGAAAAAUAUGUAAUGAAUUUAAUCAUGCCCCUCUCAUCUGGCAAUGUCUGAUCUUUUUUCCCCCAUUAAGUUUCAUGUGGUAAUGGACAUAUUAUCGCUCUUGACGUUUGGGACAGCAUAAUUCAUGUAUUGUACUGUCUCAGAGCUGUGCUAUAGUCAUUUCUCCUUAUCCAGCCUUUAUGAGAUAUAAAACACUAAAGUGCCUCUCAGGUGUGCAGUAUCCCCUGUUACUUUAUGAACAAGUGUAAAACUAUUGAUAAGGUCUCAUCUGAUUCAUAAAAUCUGAAAUACACCUGAAUGGAUGAACCACUGAAUUAAUGUUACUGUGUUACUUUCAGCCAUGUUGUUGAGACUGUGACCACCUGAAUGACUCAUGAUGCUAAAGUGAUUUAUCCUAAAUAAACUCUCUGUUACUUGCUAAUAAAUGCUGUUUAAAAAUGG